UUCUUAUCCCGCGUUGAAUAUAACGCCAACAUUCUUCCACCAUUUUCCGUUUUCCAUUUUCCUUAUCUCUUCAAAACCCUCGCAUAUGGAUACCAACAAACUUCACCCUCGCUUCUCACUCGGCCGUCAAUCCUCUCUGGCGCCUGAACGCGACAACGCCGCCGCCGCCGAGCCGUCUGAGGCGCUCGACCCCGCCGUUCGGUUGAUGUAUUUGGCCAACGAAGGAGAUUUGGAUGGGAUUAACGAGUUGUUGGACGCUGGCAGUGACGUCAAUUUCAGAGACAUUGAUGGCCGCACCGCUCUUCACGUCGCCGCCUGUCAGGGACGCACUGACGUAGUCGAUUUGUUGCUCCGACGAGGUGCCGGCGUCUAUCCUCAAGACCGCUGGGGCAGCACUCCUCUUGCUGAUGCAAUGUACUACAAAAAUCAUGACGUUGUGAAGCUUUUGGAGAAACACGGUGCAAAACCCCCGAUGGCUCCUAUGCAUGUCCAGAGUGCUCGUGAAGUUCCAGAAUACGAGAUUGAUCCUUCUGAACUUGAUUUUACUAAUAGCGUUUGCAUAACAAAGGGAACUUUCCGGAUUGCAUUAUGGCGUGGAACUCAAGUUGCAGUCAAAACAUUUGGGGAGGAAGUUUUCACUGAUGCUGAUAAAGUGAAGGCAUUUCAUGACGAGCUUACAUUACUUCAGAAAAUAAGGCAUCCAAAUGUAGUCCAGUUUUUAGGUGCUGUGACACAAAGCUCCCCAAUGAUGAUUGUCACAGAGUAUCUACCCCAGGGGGAUCUUUGUGCCUAUUUGGAGCGCAAAGGGGCAUUAAAACCGGUAACAGCUGUGAAGUUUGCACUUGAUAUUGCUAGGGGAAUGAACUAUUUGCAUGAACAUAAACCAGAGGCCAUUAUACAUCGAGAUCUUGAGCCUUCAAAUAUACUACGGGAUGAUUCUGGGCAUCUGAAAGUUGCAGACUUUGGGGUUAGCAAGUUGCUCAAAGUUGCUAAAACAGUCAAGGAAGACAAACCCGUGACAUGCCAGGAUACAUCAUGGCGCUAUGUUGCUCCAGAGGUCUAUAGAAAUGAGGAAUAUGACACAAAAGUUGAUGUGUUUUCAUUUGCUCUGAUAUUACAGGAGAUGAUUGAAGGUUGUCCACCAUUUUAUGCAAAGCCAGAAAAUGAAGUUCCAAAAGCCUAUGUUGAAAAUGAGCGUCCACCAUUUAGAGCUUCACCAAAGCUUUAUGCUUAUGGACUAAAACAGUUAAUUGAGGAAUGUUGGGAUGAAAAACCAUACAGAAGACCAACAUUUAGGCAAAUAAUUGGGAGAUUGGAAGACAUCAGCAGCCAUCUUGCUCGAAAGAGGCACUGGAAGGUUCGGGCUCCUGGAUGCAUUCUGAAUCUGGGGGCCCUAUUUAGAGGCUAUCGCACAAAUCCAAGUAGCCGAUCAUCUCGCUCUACGACCAGAUAAAUAAUUGCCAUUAUGAAGGAAGAAGAAUUUCGAUCAAGCAGUCUCAAGGAAAAAAAAAAAUCCAUCGUGAACGGGUUUCCACUUGCGUGCAUGCAUAGCUUUUUGUAAAUACCAUGCUCUGAUGCUCUCCUUGACGUGCGAUUGGAUAAAUUUUUAAAAUGUAUGUGAAAUACCCUUUUGUAUAGUUUUUUCGAAAGUUAUUCUUUCU